AUGGCCAAAGAGUGUCAAUUGUGUGGCACGGCGCGAGCCGUGCUACGGCGGCCCAAGACAGGGCAUAUGGUUUGCCGUGAAUGUUUCUUUACUGUAUUUGAAACAGAAGUGCAUCAUACCAUUACCGAGGCGAAGCUAUUUCAGCGUGGCGAUCGUGUCGCCAUCGGUGCUAGUGGCGGCAAAGAUUCGACCGUACUGGCCUAUGUUAUGAAGACGUUGAACGAGCGUUACGACUAUGGCUUGGAGCUUUACCUGUUGAGCAUUGAUGAAGGUAUAACGGGCUACCGUGAUGAUAGUCUAGAAACGGUCAAGCGGAAUCAAGAGCAGUAUGGCAUUCCACUCAAGGUGCUGGGCUACAAAGAGCUAUAUGGAUGGUCUAUGGACGACAUUGUUCAAUCAGUUGGUCGCAAAAACAAUUGUACCUUUUGUGGUGUAUUCCGCCGACAGGCACUGGAUCGCGGUGCAGCGUCGUUGGGCGUUGAUCAUAUUGUGACAGGCCACAAUGCAGAUGAUAUGGCCGAGACGAUUCUUAUGAAUGUAUUGCGUGGUGAUAUUGCGCGCUUGGAGCGGUGCACAGAGAUCGUAACCAAGGGCCCUGAUACCGAAGAAGAUGCGCAGGAAGGCUGCGGCGCAGGCAGUAGCGGAUUCGGCGGGAGUGGCAUUAAGCGAAGCAAACCGUUCAAGUAUGCCUACGAAAAGGAAAUUGUGAUGUAUGCAUACUUCAAGCAACUGGAUUACUUUAGCACCGAGUGUAUCUAUUCACCAAAUGCAUAUCGUGGAUACGCGCGUGCCUUCCUGAAAGACUUGGAAAGCAUUCGGCCUUCGAGUAUUAUCGAUAUCAUUCAAAGUGGCGAGAAUUUGCAUGUCGCUAGCCAGGUGAAGCGGGCUGUGCAGCGCACCUGUGUCCGCUGUGGCUACAUUUCAUCCAAUGAGUUGUGCAAGGCGUGUGUGCUACUUGAAGGCCUCAACCGCGGUAAUCCUGCCAUGGGUAUUCGUUCGGACAAGUCGCGUGCUGUGAAAGACGCGCGAAAGGACGAUGCAGACAUCGGGCGGACAAUCCCGCGAUGGGAAGGUGUGCAGCGAGCAGGCGCCACAGCGUGGUAG